CCUACCCACUGACCUUACAUCCCUGGCUGCUGCUGCUGUCACUUCAGGAUGAAAGGGGAGACCCCUGUUAACAGCACUAUGAGUACUGGCCAAGCAUGCAAAAUGGUGGAACAGCUUAAGAUGGAGGCCAGCUCGUGCCGGAUAAAGGUAUCUAAGGCAGCAGCAGACCUGAGGACUUACUGUGAUGCCCACACGUGUGAGGAUCCCCUCAUCACUCCUGUGCCCACUUCGGAGAACCCCUUCCAGGAGAAGAAGUUCUUCUAUGCGCUCCUCUGAAAAGCGCUGUAGCUCC